AAUGAUGCAUCUGCAAGUGGUUCCCAUCUGCUCGAAACAGGGGUCCAGCCGUGCCCCUGCUGCUCACCGCGGACCCGUUCUCCUCCCUCCCCCCAGAUCAUUUUCUACGAAGGCAAAUGCUUCACAGGCAGAAAGCUGGAGGUCUGCGGCAGCUGCGGCAGCUUCCAGGACCGAGGUCUCCUCAACCGGGUCAACUCCAUCUGUGUCCAGAGCGGGGCUUGGGUCUGCUUUGAUCACCCUGACUUCCGAGGGCAGCAGUACGUCCUGGAGCACGGCGAGUACCCCAACUUCUACCGCUGGAACAGCCGCAGCGACCACCUGGGCUCCUGCCGGCCCAUCGGGAUGCACGGUGAGCACUACAGGAUCGAAAUAUUUGAGGGGAGCCAUUUUAGCGGUCCCAGCAUGGAGCUGACAGAAGAUUGCUCCUUCCUGCAGGGAAAAGGCUGGGACAAGACCAGCAUCAACGCCCUCAAAGUGUACGGCGACGGCGCGUGGGUGCUCUACGAGGAGCCCAACUACCGAGGCCGUAUGUACGUGGUGGAGCGGGGCGAGUUCAGCAGCUUCAACGCAUGGCAGGGGCGCAGUGCGAGCGUCCAGUCCAUCAGAAGAGUCAUCAACUACUACUAGCUGAGGCAUUCAUCCUACCAGCGAUGGCUUGCUGAGACCAGGCAUCACCCUUCUUCCCACUCAC